AUGGCGGCCGCGGGGGGCCGCGGGAGAGGCCUGGCCCAGCUGGCGGUCCAGCAGCAACUCCGAGCCGCCUACGGGAUCAAGGUGAAGACUCGGGCGGCGAGGGCGAAGCCGCCGCCCUCGGCAGCUACCGGGGCCGAAGGGGGUAAAGUCUUUGGAAUACCUCUUCUUGAAUUACCUCAACAAGUGGUCCCUAAAUAUGGAAGUAUACCUUGCUUUUUAGUUGACGCUUGUAAAUACUUAGAAGAACAUAUUCACACGGAAGGACUCUUCAGAAAAUCUGGAUCGUUUGUUCGUUUAAAAGCAUUGAAGAAUACACUUGAUCAGGGUGAAAGCUGCCUGUCCACUGCUCAGCCCUGUGAUGUCGCAGGACUUCUCAAACAGUUCUUUAGAGAAUUGCCUGAGCCGAUCCUCCCAAGCGAUCUCCAGGAAGCUCUCAUCAAGGCCCAACAACUAGGUGACGAGGAGAGGAAUUCUGCUACUUUGCUGCUGUCUUGCCUUGUGAAUUACAGAACAGUUGAUAUUCUGAGAUAUUUUUUCAGUUUUCUUAAAAAAGUGUCUCUGAGGUAA